GAGCUCAAGGGCAACAUCCGCGUGUUUCUGCGCGUCCGGCCGAUCAGCGCUCGCGAGGAAGCGAACGGCGAUGUCGCGGCGGUCAGCGCGGUCAGCGCCUUGGAGGCGAAGAUCGAGGGCGGGAAGCGGUACGAGUUGGACCACGUCGCCGGGCCGUCGGCUUCGCAGUCGGAGAUUUUCGAAGAGAUCGAGCCGUUGAUUCGCUCGUGUCUGGACGGAUACGACGUGUGCGUGUUCGCGUACGGGCAAACCGGGAGCGGGAAGACGUACACGAUGGAGGGCACUCCCGCGGACCGCGGGAUCACGUUCCGGUCCCUCGCAUCGUUGUUCCGCGAGGCGGAGAGCGACUACGCUACGUCCUCGUAUUCGUUUUCGUGCACGAUGAUGGAGAUUUACAACGACAAGGUCAGGGACUUGCUCGAGCCGGACGCGGCGAACCCGAAGCCGCACGACAUCAGACAAGGCGCGGACGGGACGCCGUACGUCACGGACUUAGAGCGCGUGAACGUCUCGAGCACGAUGGACGUCAUGGCGGUCAUGAGGGUCGGCGGCGCGGCGAGGAAAACCGGCCAAACGGAUAUGAACGCGACGUCCUCGCGGUCGCACUUGAUAUUCACCAUCACGGUCACCGCGACGAGCAAGACGAACGCCGGGCGCGGGGAGGUCACGACAUCGAGGCUAAACCUCGUCGACCUCGCCGGGUCCGAGCGCCUGAGCAAGACGAACGCCACCGGCGAGCGUCUGCGCGAGGCGAGGCACAUCAACAAGAGCCUCAGCGCUUUGGGAAACUGUCUCAACGCGCUCGCGGAGAAGCAACAGUCCGCGACAGAGAGCAAGACGGCAGCAAAGCACGCGGCGCACGUGCCGUUCCGCGACUGCAAGCUGACGCACAUCCUGUCCCCGUGCCUCGGCGGGGACUCGAAGACGCUGAUGUUCGUCCACGCCGGACCCGCCGCGUCCGACGCGAGCGAGAGCGCGUGCACGCUGGAGUUCGCGUCUCGCGUCCGCAACGUGAGCGUGACGGCGGCGCGGAAGAAU